AUGGCUGCAUGGACUCUGAUUUCCUCUGUGCUGCUGAUAGCGUGCAUGCUGCUGCAGCUUUGUGCCACUCAAACGAGCUGCAGGGGGCGAUGUGGAGAGCCGUUCUCACGUGGGAAGAUCUGUACCUGCGAUAAUGACUGUCUCACUUACAAUGAAUGCUGCAAGGACUACGAGGAAGUCUGUACCUACCGUGGCUCAUGCAGGGGUCGGUGCCAGGAAGCUUUCAGGAGAGGGAGGGAGUGUGAGUGUGACCCUGACUGCACCCUCUACAACUCUUGCUGUCCUGACUACAACACACACUGCGGUAUGGAUUUUAUAGCAAUAACAUUCUUUAACUAUUUAAUCUUCAUCUCAGUGAUGCUCUGUAUAAACACUACAGGUACUUGUGCUGAUGGCAGUUUCAGAUCAGCACUCCCUCACGGUCAAGACACUCCAGAUGCCAUUGUAGACGUCUACAAUCUGGGUAUCCUGGGGGAGCUGUCACAAGAAUCAGAUACCAACUGCUUAUCAAACAGUUAUAUUCUCAUGGUUUUUUUUUUUUUUUUUCCCACAGGAGGCAGUUUUGUGGAGCUACUGCCACUGACUGAAGAUCUAGCAUCACAUCUUCCUGCCGAUGCUAAUCUUCACCUCACUCUUCCUCCUGCAAUCCCUGUGGAAAACACAGCAGGCCCAGCCCAUGCUGGAGCUUCCUCUCCUGGAGAACCUCUCGCAGAUGUCCAGGUUUCCAUCUCCAUCAGUGGUCAAGCAAGUGAAGUCCCUAAUCAACCCUCUGGUGUCUCUGAGCUUCUUGCUGGAAGACCGAGCACACUGACGGACAUAGCGCAGGCUCUGGAGGCCGCAAGCACAGCAGGACCUAGCCCUGACCUCUGCAAUGGCCUCCCGAUCAACGGUGUCACUUCACCAUUCAAUGGUUCCAUCAUUGUUUUCCAAGGUCAUUUUUUCUGGAUGCUGGACCCCAAGACCAGAGCAGCCGGUCCUGCUCGUAGUAUUACAGCAGACCUGGGCAUUCCCUCGCCCAUCGACACGGCCUUCACUCGCUGCAACUGCGAGGGCAAGACCUACAUUAUCAAGGGUGAUAACUACUGGAGUUUUCAGAAUGGCGUGAUGGAGCCUGGCUACCCCAGAUCUGUGUCUAAAGACUUUGGUGGGCUAUCUGGAAGCAUUGUUGCUGCUCUUUCUGUCCCGGCCACCAGGAACAGGCCUGAAAUGGUUUACUUCUUCAAGAAAGGAGGUACGGUACAGAAACUCACCUACCCUGCUGGAAGUGGGCCGAUCUGCACUGGGAAAAAAGGAAAGAACCCCAUAUCCGCUAAGAAUCGCCAACCAGUCCGUCUCUCCGGCGAGAUCAACAUUAACCUGAAGUGGAAGGGAUUCCCCACCCCGGUGACCUCCGCUCUCUCCAUGCCCAACCCAAGGAAGCCUGAUGGGUUCGAACACUACGUUUUCUCCUGGCCUAAAGUCUUCAGCAUUAAGAUCAGCAGUGAUAUUCCUGUUCUGGUGUCUCCUGCGAAGCCGUCUGCUGAGAAUGACGUCAGAACCUGGCUCAGCUGUCCUCAAUAA